AUGCAGUGGCCCUGGCACAAGAGGAAAGACUCCGACGAUGGCGACACUUUGCUGCCCCUGGCGACCAAGGUGCCGAGCAUCAACGGCUUGGCCAUGGAUCCUGUAGAAACGGAAUCGUCGCGAUCGAGGCCAGGCUACGUUCGGACCACAUCGGUGCAGUCGAGAACCAUUGCCGACGAGUUUUCCUCCAUGAGUCCAGCAGAAGCUGCCAGCCGGCUUCAAACUUCUCUUACUCACGGCCUGUCCCCUGCCGAAGCCUUGAACCGACUCAGCGACUAUGGGCCGAACGAAAUCCCCCACGAGCCCCCCGAACCACUGUGGCUGCGGUUCAUCAAACAGUUUCAAGAACCACUCAUUGCCCUACUGCUCGUUUCGGCUGGGGCCUCGAUAUUUCUGGGCAACACGGAUGACGCGGUCAGCAUCACUGUAGCGGUAACCAUUGUCGUUUCGGUUGGCUUUGUGCAAGAAUACCGGUCGGAAAAGUCAAUAGAGGCACUCAGUCAGCUAGUCCCCAACCACGCUCACCUUGUCCGGUCAGCCGCCAGCAAAACGCCGGGCAGCGCUCGGACUCCUACAUGGCCGCCGCAGGGCUCAAUGGACGGCAACGAGUCGGUGGGAUCUACUACGCCGGGCGAGGAAAUGCUCGAGGCAACUUCGUCAAAGGUCAUGGCCUCGCAGCUUGUACCGGGAGACCUUGUCUACUUCACCACGGGCGAUCGUAUCCCAGCAGAUAUCCGGGUCACCAAGGCAGCAGACCUCACUAUUGACGAGUCGAAUCUUACGGGAGAGAACGAACCAGUUCGCAUCACGGCCGAAACAAAAGUCCGAAAUCUCUUGUCCCCCGCAUAUGGAGCAGACACGCUCCAACUCCCGAGUCCCUCCGCCGUAUCUGACAGUAGGGAUACUGGCGGAAACGGUGAAAACAACAUUGCUUGGAUGGGCACCUUGGUGAGAUCCGGCCACGGUCAGGGUAUCGUCUUCGCGACGGGUGGGAGCACCAACUUCGGAACCAUUGCGACCAGUGUUUCUGGGACGGAAAGCCCACGUUCACCUUUGCAACUUUCCAUGGACGACCUUGGCUCCCAGCUUAGCAAAUUCUCAUUUGGCGUCAUCGGCCUCAUUUCCUUGGUUGGCUGGCUGCAGGGAAAGAAGCUGCUCGAAAUUUUCACGAUAUCCAUCUCUCUAGCUGUCGCAGCUAUUCCGGAAGGCCUACCAAUCAUCGUGACUGUCACCCUGGCACUCGGCGUUCAUAGGAUGGCCCGCCAUAACGCUAUUGUGCGUAAGAUGCCUAAGGUAGAGACUCUGGGCUCGGUGAAUGUCGUAUGUACCGACAAGACAGGAACUCUUACCAUGAACCACAUGACAACGGCCAAGAUGUGGUACUUCGGUGCCAAUGACGCCAUUGAUGUUGAAUCCGACGAUGAGGCCACGGAAACCAAGCCGGACCCUGCUACUCUACGAAUUCUGCGUAUUGGUAAUAUUGCGAAUAACGGACGUCUUGCACAGCAGUACACUGAGAACGGUGCAGCUGCUAGAGCAGUGCUUUCGUCCACACAGGGAACGGACUUUGCUUCGACUUACACACGCUGGUGUGGACAACCCACCGAUGUUGCCAUGCUCGAUCUGCUUGACAGAUUCAAAGAGCACGAUGUCCGCGAAUCCAUCGGUCCGCGCCUAAGCGAAACCCCCUUCAGCUCUGAGCGUAAGUGGAUGGGCGUCACGAUUGGAACUAACGACAAGGAGUUCGCCUACAUGAAGGGUUCCAUUGAUCGGAUUCUCGAAGCAUGCGACACCUAUCUUACCCGAGAUGGCCGAGAGAUCGUUCUCGACUCCGCGCGCCGUCAGGAAGCGUUGCAGGCCGCAGAAGCCAUGGCCUCGAAGGGUCUCCGCGUGCUUGCUUUUGCAAGCGGCGCUGUUUCGCGAUAUAGGGGCAGGGCUACGCUGACACCCACCCAUCGCACCAACACACCGGGCGAAGGCCCUCGUCCCCAACCCGUGGACGAGACUUACAGGGGCCUCACAUUCGCUGGGUUGGUUGGAAUGAGCGACCCGCCGAGGCCAGGAGUUGGCAAGGCGCUCAGGAGAUUACUCCGGGGAGGUGUUAGAGUCGUCAUGAUCACAGGUGAUGCCGAAACAACUGCCGUCGCCAUUGGCAGGCAGCUUGGCAUGCCGAUUGCUAAAUCGAUCGAACACGCUUCCAACCAAGCAUCAGUACGUCCUGUUUUGCGGGGGGAGGACGUUGACGCCAUGUCAGAGCAAGAGCUUUCACAGGCCAUCCAGCAUACCACAAUCUUUGCCCGCACGAAUCCGGACCACAAGCUGAAGAUCAUCCGCGCUUUUCAGGCCAGGGGCGAUAUCGUCGCCAUGACUGGAGACGGUGUCAAUGACGCCCCGGCUCUGAAGAGAGCAGAUAUUGGCAUUUCGAUGGGCCUGCAUGGAACUGAUGUUGCGAAGGAGGCGGCGGACAUGAUUCUUACCGACGAUGACUUCUCCACCAUACUUCGAGCAAUCGAAGAGGGUAAGGGAAUCUUCAACAACAUCCAGAACUUCCUGACGUUCCAGCUGAGCACAAGCGCGGCUGGGCUAUCCCUCGUUCUAUUCUGCACAAUUCUCGGGUUCAAGUCGCCCCUGAAUGCGAUGCAGAUCCUCUGGAUCAACAUCAUCAUGGACGGUCCGCCUGCGCAGUCACUCGGCGUCGAGGCUGUUGAUGCCGAUGUCAUGAAUCGUCCCCCUCGCAAGCGUAACGACGCGGUGCUGACGAGGAAGCUCCUCUACAGAGUCUUGACAUCGGCAUCCAUCAUCAUGAUGGGCACUAUGCUCGUCUAUAGACGUGAAAUGCUUGCGGAUGGGGAGGUUAACCGCCGCGACACGACCAUGACUUUCACUUGCUUUGUACUCUUCGACAUGUUCAACGCCUUGGCCUGCCGAUCCGAAUCAAAGUCGGUAUUGCGAGGCGAAGUCGGGCUUUUCUCAAAUUCCCUCUUCAACUGGGCCGUCUCGCUCAGCAUCGCGGGCCAGUUGCUCGUUAUAUACUUCCCAUGGCUCCAGGAGGUUUUCCAAACGGAAGCCCUGGGCUUCUUCGAUCUUGUCGGCCUGUUGAUUCUUUGCAGCACGGUGUUCUGGGCGGAUGAGUUUAGAAAGUACUGGAAUCCCUUCCCCCGGCCCGAACAACAAUCCCCUACCUCUGCUGGCAGGCAAGGUAGCUAUGCACAAUCUCGCCAGCUUGCGCCAAUGUCAACACUCACGAAUGGCGUCUCCUCCCAUCGCGCGGACAGCGACAAUGCCGCCAACGGCGUGCACGGCGCUGCGGCCCGACCCAGCAGUGGCAGCAACAGUACCAUUUACGCAGCCUCGAGCGUCACCGACGUGCGCGCCGCCCUCGAAGCUCUCCAUGCCCGCGAGUCGACGAUAACAAGCCGCCUUGACGCACUCCUAGGUUCCCAGGCCGAUCUUGCUCGCGAGUUGGGCCGUCUGGACUUGCUGCGCGCGGGGCUCGGGAGUCAGGUCAUUGCCGCGCGGUCCGUGGGCAACGACAUGCUUUCCACGGCGGCGGACACGGCCGGACGGCUGAGCAACAAGGUGAAGGAGUUGGAUUUGGAAAAGAGCCGGGUCGAGGAUACGCUCGAGGUCGUCAACCAAGUUGUCGAGCUCAAGGCUUGCGUGCAAGGUGUCGUGGGGAGCAUGGGUGCCCCGCAGGACUGGGAAGCUGCUGCAGCGUACCUUGCGCGAGCGAUGCAGGUGCCAGAAGACAUCACCAAGGGCAAGUUUGCCUCGUCGAUUGUUCCGUCCGUUGAGGUGCCUGAUCCUCCAUGGACGACGCUCGAGAAUGCCAAGGAGAGCCUGUGUGGGCUGUUCCUGAGGGAGUUUGAAAAAGCCACCAAGGAGGAAGAUGGUGCCAAGGUUACCCGAUUCUUCAAGCUCUUCCCUCUCAUUGGCAGAGGGGACGUUGGACUGGAUGUCUACGGACGGUAUGUCUGCCAGGGCGUGGCUGGCACUGCACGAUCCGUGUUGAAGGAGAGCCCCGGGGCCCAGGCGAGAAAGGAAGGCUUCUUCUAUGCCAAUGCCCUCACCAGACUGUUUGAUCACAUUGCACGGAUCGUGGAGGGCCAUGGGGGCCUUGUCGAACGACAUUACGGCUCUGGCAAAAUGGUCCGCGUCAUCGAGCGGUUACAACAGGAGGCAGACGUGCAGGGUGGCAUCAUCCUCGACUCCUGGAGCGACGAGCGCGAUGUCGAUAGGCGGAUGAAAGACGUCAAGAGCUAUCCCUUUUCGUUUUUAGUCCAGAGUUUCUUGCCGCAGCAGAGGAGCGGGACGCCGCGGGUCAAUUCGCCUGCGAUGGGUGCCGGGGCGAAUCAACGCGAUAGCGAGGAUGAGGGCGUUAACAUGAAAGAGGUGGACGGCCUCCUUAGUGAGAUCGCCAUCAUGCUUGGACGGUGGUCUCUCUACUCUCGGUUUCUGGCAGGAAAGACUCGGGAUCCUUCGUCGUCCGAAGACGCUCCACUCUCCGUGCCGGAUGUUGUUGUCAAGUCCAACCUCAAAAAGAAGGUUUCUGACAAGCUCACGUCCCCGUAUAACACCAUGAUGACCUUCUUCUUCCGACGGUCAGUUGAGAAGGCGUUUCAGCUGGACGAGUCGCCGAGCGGGUUGUCUCUCAGCAUGAACAAGCACAUCGACACAAACCAGCCGUUCAUUAUCUCUGCGGUGGACGACGUCAUGUACGUCGUCAGUGCCGUUAUCCAGAAAUCAAUAUCAACAUCGCAAAGAGAUGUUAUUGCGUCUGUGAUUCCCACCAUCGGCCGGGUUCUCAGCUCUGAUUUCGUCGGCAUGAUCCAGCGAAAGAUGCGCGACGAGUCGUACCCCAAACCUAUCGUACAAGGAGGGUUUCCGCCAGAGGACAAGAUCAUUCAGUUCAUCGUCCUGAUCAAUAGUCUCGACACCGCUAAUGAGUAUCUCGGGCGCAUCAUUACUAGCAACGUCGGGAGCACGAACGAUGCAUCAAAGACAAAUGGCGAGGCAUAUGAAUCGUCACUUAAAGAUACAUUUCCCUUCGAAAAGGACGUUGCGUUCGUGGCCUCCGCCCUCAACACCUUGCACAGCUCCUUCACUACCAAGUCGACUGAGCUCCUCAACGAAGGCCUCCAGGUACUCUUUAAGCAGGUCGUUCAGCCGCGUCUUCGACCGGUGAUUGCCGAAACCUUUCGCGAUGUAGAUUACUCCCUGUCCGAGGAGGAGCUAGCCGAAUUUGCGCAGCAGAACGACGAGGAUGAAGAAGAGAUGCUUGAUCAGGUAUCACGGCGGUUCGAGCACGGCUGGGACCAACUCAUGAAGCCCAUCUCGCGACUCUUGACUGCCCACACGUUCACAGUCCUGCAUGACUUGACAGCGCGCUAUCUCUCGCGUGUACUUGAGCGUAGAGUAUGGGACGCCCGAGCCAACGCCUACGGUGUCAUCCGCAUGGCGCGCGAUUUUUCCAGCAUUGUCAGCACGGUAUCCAAGGGUAAUUACGGCGUCAGGGAGCUGUUUGCCAGAGUGUCGCAGAUACUGAUGGUGGCCAACAUGGAGGAAGAGGAGUGGGAGGAGAUUUCGGUCCAGCCUGACGAUGAGGAGGACGGUAUGAUCUGGGUACUGACCGAGGACGAGCGGCGGCGGGCCAGGCACCUGACGUCCAGAGAGCGUAGAGGGUGA